AUGGACGGGGACAAUACAACGGAGCCCAUCACGUUCUGCUAUCGCCCAGACAACAUAGUCGGCGGCGGAGUCUGGCAAUCGAAGCCCUUCUACAGCUACUCCUUGCCUGUCCUGCUCUGGCAGAUGGUCCUGGUGGUGGCGAUCUCACGCGGCUUGGCCUUCCUGCUGAAACCCCUCCGACAACCCAGAGUUAUCGCCGAGAUCCUCGCUGGCGUCCUCCUGGGGCCAACGGGGCUCCGGAAUAUCACUUUCAGCGGGGGCGAGGGAGGCAAGCCGCUCCCGUUGGGUGAUAUACUAUUUCCGCCGGCGAGCUACCGUCAGCUGGAGGCGAUGUCGACGCUUGGCAUCACCUACUACCUCUUCCUGAUCGGCGCCGAGUUCGACAUUCAAAUGGUGGCGGCAAUGAAGAAGAAGGUGGUAGCGAUCGCGACGGUCAACAUGGCCGUUCCCAUCGUCAUCACCGUCCUAGUAGCCCACGCGAUGAACCUGCAGCCCCCGGAGUACGUCAGCUACUUGGCGCACGUCGCCUUCAUCGGCGCUGCCAUGGGUGUCACGGCGUUCCCGGUUCUCGUCCGGCUCCUAGCGGAACUCAAGCUCCUGAACGACGAACUCGGCCAGCUCGUCGUGCCCCCCGCCGUCCUCUCUGAAUUGACGGCCUGGGUCUUCCUCGCGGGAAGCGUCCUUCUCCCCUCAUACGGCGUUAGUCCCGACGUCGUAGACCUAUACAGGUCUUCGGCGUUCGCGCCUCUGUGGAUCAUGCUGUCGGGCAUUGGCUUAGGGCUGAUCUGCUGGUUGGUGGUGCUGCCGAUCAUGAAUUGGACUGUGCAGAGGACGCCGGAGGGCGAGGCCGUCAGCGACGCCCACAUCACCAUCGUCGCCACCGGAGUGCUGGCGGCCGGGCUGAUCGCGGACGUCAUCGGCUUCCCAUCCGUCUUCGGCGCCUUCGUCUUUGGUCUGUUGAUGCCGCAAGGGGCGCUCACCACGGAGUUGAGGAACAAGCUGGAGGACUUCGUGGUCGGCCUCCUGUUGCCGAUCUACUUCGGCGGCAGCGGCUUCAAGGCUAACGUGUCCGUCAUCACGAUGGACGACGAGCAGGGCGCGGCGUUUGUCGCCGCACUGACCGUAAUCAUGGUGCUCUGCUUCGUGGCCAAGCUGGGCAGCAACUUGCUCAUUGCUCAGUACUAUUCCAUGCCGGCUUCCCGGGGCUUGUCUCUCGGACUCCUCAUGAACACCAAAGGCUCCAUCGAUAUGAUCAUCCUCAACAUCGGCAAACAAAAAGGGAUCUUGGAUGAGCGAACGUACACCAUGAUGGUGCUUGGAUACAUCUUGACGACCGCGGUCAUAGGUCCGGCGUUGGAGAUCUUUCACAAGACCUCGCGGAGCCGCGCCGCGUACAAGCGGCGGAACCUGCAGCAGUGCCGGCCGGACUCGGAGCUGCGGAUGGUGGCGUGCGUGUAUACAGCCCGCAAUGUCCCCUCCAUCAUCAGCCUUCUCCAGAUGUCCAACCCCACCAAGCGCUCCCCGGUCUUCGUCUACGUCGUCCACCUCUUGGAGCUCACUGGCCGUGGCGCGGCGAUGAUGAUCGUCCACCAGGCCAGCUCAAAGCACACCCAGGAGAAGGUCGGGUCCAAAUCAUCGGGAUGCGCCCUGCAGGCGGAUCAUAUCGUAGCACCCUUCCAGAGCUACGAGCAGCAGGCCGGUGGCGUCUCCGUCCAGUGGGUCACCGCCGUCUCCCCUUACUCCACUAUGCACGAGGACAUCUUCAACAUCGCCGAGGACCGCCACACCACCAUCAUCGUCCUCCCCUUCCACAGGAUGCAAUCGGUGGCCGGGGACUUCGAGGAGGCCGACCCGGCCAUCCGCAGCGUCAACAUGAACGUCCUGGCCCACUCGCCUUGCACCGUGUGCAUCCUCGUCGACCGCGGGAUUAGUGGGGUCGGAAGGUCCUCCACGGGUCAGCUCGCGCAGCACCACGUGGCGGUCCUCUUCUUCGGCGGGCCCGACGACCGCGAGGCGCUGACGUACUCGUCGCGGAUGGCGGAGCAUCCCGGUGUCAUCCUCACCGUUAUCCGGUUCCAGCCGGGAGAGGAGGCCAUGGUGCCGCCGAGCCCCGCUCCCUCAUGCGCGUCCGGCGAGAGGGCGGCCAUGACCGCGGUAGCGGAGGCCAACAUGCAGCGGCAGCUGGACGACGAGUGCACGAACCUGUUCCGGCUCAGGCACGUGACCAACGACUCGGUCACGUACACCGAGCUGGUCAUCAACAACAUAGAGGAGACGGUGACGGCGGUCCGCGCGAUGAACGGAGUCCACAGCAUGUACGUGGUGGGGAGAGGGAAAGGGAUGGAGUCUUCGCCGCUGCUCGCCGGGUUGACGCUGUGGAGCGAGUACCCAGAACUGGGGCCGAUCGGGGACAUGCUUGUGUCGGCCGACUUCGGGACGCAGGCGUCGGUGCUGGUGGUGCAGCAGUACGUGAGCGGGGAGGCCGUGGUCGCAAUGGAGUCGACGGCGGCGCAGGAGAGCCCGAAACCAGAUCCGGUGCAGCGGUAUUUGAGCAGCGCCAACGACAAGGCGGGACAGCGACGCCUCAACGACGUAUGGAUGCCCGGCGUUUGA